GCGGGCCAGAUCCGGAGUGGCGGAGGCGGCCGGGAUCAGCUACUGGAGGCUCUGCUGAGCGCGAGCGCGGCAGGCAGAGAGACCUGCGGAGGGCGUGAUGCCUGCACGAUAACCUCUGGGCCUGCAGUGAAAGAAGAUGAAGGAAGACUCUCCCUCCAACUCCCUCGUGCCUGUCAGCGACAGCAAGUCCAUUCUGAAGUCUGAGCUGUUGAGCCUGCUGAAGACAUACAAUUGCUACCAUGAGGGCAGGAGCUUCCAGCUGAGACACCGAGAGGAAGAAGGGGCUCUGAUCAUCGAGGGUCUCCUCAACAUCGCCUGGGGGCUCCGCCGGCCCAUCCGCCUCCAGAUGCAGGAUGACCGGGAGCCCACGCACCUCCCUUCUUCCUUGUGGCUGCCGGCACGGCCCAGCUGCCCCCCGAAGGAGGCCCCUCCUCAGGACUGCAGAGUCGAUGCCCAGGAACCGAGUGCUCAGGCCAUACAGCAAGCUGCAGGCUCCAGGGACAGCUCAGGGACCCCAGAGGAGGAUGAGGAGGUCCCCCAGCUGAUGCGGACCAAGAGUGACGCCAGCUGCAUGAUCCAGAGGCGACCCAAGCGCCAUGCACCUGGUGAAGCCCAGCUGAUCCGGCGGCACCGGUUCUCCAUCAAUGGGCACUUCUACAAUCACAAGACCUCGGUGUUCACCCCCGCCUAUGGGUCCGUGACCAACGUGAGGGUCAACAGCACCAUGACCACACUGCAGGUACUCACCCUGCUGCUCAACAAGUUCAGGGUAGAAGAUGGCCCUGGGGAGUUUGCACUCUAUGUGGUCCAUGAAUCUGGGGAGCGGACAAAGCUAAAGGACUGUGAGUACCCGCUGAUUUCCAGGAUCCUGCAUGGGCCCUGCGAGAAGAUUGUCAAGAUCUUCCUGAUGGAGGCAGACCUGGGCGAGGAAGUUCCCUAUGACGUCGCUCAAUAUAUUAAGUUUGAAAUGCCUGUGCUGGACAGUUUUGUUGAAAAAUUAAAAGAAGAGGAGGAGAGAGAAAUUAUCAAACUGACCAUGAAGUUCCAAGCCUUGCGUCUCACAAUGCUAGAGCGCCUGGCACAGCUGGUGGAGGCCGAGUAGCUACUGGUGCGCCUGUUCUGCUGUCCCCAGCCACAAGUGCCAUGGACCCCAGUGGCUGGGCUGACCAUUCACACUGAUCACACCGCUGCCUGAGGAAUCCAGUGCCCAUGCUUCUGAUGUGUCAAAGCCGAAGUACAGAGAGCCCUGCUCCCUCUGGGAGCCACAAGGGAUAGAUUCAGGCCCUGAGAGCCAGGGGCCUUUCAGCCAGGCUCUGCACAGGAGGCUGCCUGGGCAGUGAGUGCCCCUGAAGCUGUGGCACUAGCCUCACCCUCGGGCUGAGCAUUGUGGCCAGUCCCAUGCAUGCCACACCCCCAGCUCAGGAGGGCAGCACCUAAUAGAGUCCACCAGCCCUACCCUCAUCACCCAGGAGCCAUGAGAGCCUUGUCCAUCCCUCUGCCACUCGGCUCUGCUGCGGAAAGCCAUGUUCCAGUCCUCUCUUCCCCAUGGUGACCCCAGGCAACAGCCCUGCACCCCAGCACAGAGGUCAGGUCACCAGCAAGACCACAGGUCCCAUCUCUCUGCAGAGUCAGUCUACAUGCUUCAUGCUCAGUGAGACUCAAAGGCAGUCAUGACUGGAGUUCACUGAGAGCGGUGUCAGCUCGAUCCCAUGAGGAGGAGGGCCCACGGCUCCGGCAGGAUAUGGCGGUGGUGGCAGCUCAGCUCUGGAAGGCAGGGCUCAGCCCAUCGAGCAGUCCCAAGGAUGCCUGUGCACUUCUGCCCCAGUGGGCGGAGUGACCCAAUACUUCCCAAAAGAGUGCGGUAAUGAGGGAAAGGCCCAUUUGGGGAGGGAGAGUUUUGAAUUCCUGGAGGCAGACACAGAACAAUGUGUUUAUUGACUGGUGGAGAAUUUUUGGAAUGAGUGAGGAAGGCUUUGCAAACCCCUACAGCAGUUUAUGUCAGCUGCGCGGGUGUUUGUCUAAAACGGCAAAUUGAAGCCCCAGCUUUUCCUUUGCUGGUCUCUGUGGGUGACAGAUUCCCAGGGAGGAACUAUGAAGGCCUGUGGAGAGGAAAGAGAUUCCAUGUCAGUGCUGCAGUAGCCCCACAUGGACUUGGGACACGGCAGAGCUGGGGAGCACCUCAUUGUGUGGAGCCCCUGGGCUAUGUUGAGGGCACCAGGGCUCCCCGAUCAGCUCUGUGAUCAGAGGUGAUUGCCAAGGAGGCCAGUGCGCUUGCCCCUCUGCUCUGGCAGACUAGCUUUGUAGGUUGCUGCUCUGAACUGUGGACAUGAGGACCAUGCUUUCCUUGUCUUUGCCUCCCCGUGUAUCCACUAUGGCCCCAGCUCUCAGAAGCUCAUAUCCCACGGCAUGUGCAGCCGCAGUUGACACUGAUAGACUCCUUGCUUCUGUGCUCAGUUGAGACCACUGUGGCCUGAGACACAGAAGAGGACGUACUGGUGGGGCCUUCAGGUGGCUGAGCAGCAGGGCUACCCUGAACUGCAGGCUCUGGGCACUCCAAGGGCUCAGGACCUUCCAGGUAGGGGCACAGGAGAGGGUGGGAUCAUACCAGGUGGGAGCUCCGAGUAAGCUGACUCUGAGCCUGUGUCUCAGGCCUGGGACCACUCCUGUCCCCUGUUGAGUGGUAACGGAGUAGCAGCCUUGUGCUUGACCCCAAGGGACAGAGAUGGAGCUCCUGUCAGCCCUGUGCUCAGAGCUGUCCUCAGGAGCAGCAGGCCACACAGCAGGGAGAGCCACAGCCAGGGGGCUGUGGAAGGAGGCCAAGGCUGCAUGGCACCGCCCUGGGCUCCAGAAACCAUCAGAGCAGGAUUCCUCCUGUCCACACCAGCCCGGUCUGUUGUAUUUUUUUUGCAAUUGUUAAAGUAUGAUUUAAAACCUUUUAGAUGAGUGUCAUUUUCAAAACUAAUUUCUGAAUAUCACAGCUAGGAAAAGUCUCAGCAAGUUACACAGACAAGGGAAAAAUGCUUCUUCUGCAAUGCUUGGAGGGGUUUGCAAGGCAUCUGAUCAGAAGCCCUCAGGAAAUCUGCCAGCCCAGGCUGGCCCACAUAAGGCUGUCAGACAGAGAGCUGUGGUUUCGGCUGGUUGCGGCACUGCUUUGUCUAGUUCAGUUCACGGCGUGGCUCCACAUGUUCCUCAUGCCUCACACAGUCCAGGUAUCCAAGGUACAGCACAGCGAAGCUCCCUGUCAGAAAGUGCUGUCUUCUAGGUUGCACCAUCCUCCCAUCCAGCCUCGGGGACCCGCCAGGAUGAUAAACAUCACUGGAUAAGAUGAACUUGAUUGCAAAAGGACUGAACUUGGGGAAAAACAGGGUUGUUUGUUCAGAACAAAUGACCAGAGGAAUCAAAAACAGCUUGUUUUUCUGCAGCAAGAACCCUGUGCUGCCUGCUUGGAGUGUUUACCAGAAAAUGGGCUAAAGACCUCUCACCAUCAAAACAAAGCCGUGUACCAGGGAACAUCUGGCCCCUGAGCUCCCAGGAACAAGGCCAAGGCUGACCCAGCCUGACCAGGUGACUGCUGGAGAAAUUGGAGAUGCCAGACAUGGCUGGGCAUGGGGGCUCAAGGUCCCCACAGCUGCAGAGGGGCAUCCUGGUCGGGUGCAGAGGUGAGCAGCAGCCCCCUGUCCUCGGGCCCUUCGCAGUGACCAUUCAGGAAGCCAGGUCAGAGCCAAGCAGCUCCAAGUACAAAAACAGCCAGCUGCACAAGCUAUAUUUAGCCAUGAGCUAUGAUUGGAAGGGAGCCAGCUAUCGACGUGCCCAGAGGCCACAACAUGCAGCAGGCAUGGGCUGUCCUCCUGGGGCAGUCACAGGGAUGUUUUCUGUAGGAGUGGGAAUUCCCAGGAUUUCUUUCAUGGAGAGCACAGAAGAAGCAAAGCAAAGUCUUAGGCAUAGAGGAUAGAACCUUGCUUCAGGCCCCUGAGCUGAGGGGUCCACUUCGGGGAGAGGGACCAUGCUAGCCACCGUAUUAGGCCAUGGGGCUGACCUUGUUGAUUCCUGGGCUGCUGAUCAGCACUGCCAACACAGACCCAGGGCAGCAGCCCUCCGCUCUGAGAUGGUGCUUGCGAGACAGCAAGUACAUAAGUAUGUGCAGAAGCACAUGCACAGGGAUGGUGCAGGAAUGGGACCAUGGGAGAAGGAAGUGGUCUUGCCAGGAGCUUCCUGGGCGCUCAGCCCAGUGGGUGCUCUUUCCUAGCAUGAACCCGUCCAAUAGCCUGCACUAGGGGCACUGUGGUCCCAGCUUCCCAGAGAAGCCUUGGCCAUGGAGGGACCCUUGCCCUCUCAGCUUAUCUUACCUAAUCCCCAAAGAAGCAAUUAGGACCCCUAACUGUGUGCCUCCAUUCUUUCCAUUCUCUUUCCUUUUCUAAAUUUCAGAUGUGACUGCUCCCUGAUUGUUUAAUUUGCUCUAAAAUAACCUGGAAUUCCCAGCUCUCUGGCUUCCAAGCCUGCCUCUAUUUAUAAAAAUGUGUAACUUUCUAUGGUGUUUCAGAAAAACCAGGUCCUGGUGGGUGAGAACCAGCUUCCAGAGGGAAAAGGUGUUGUGAGACCAGACAGAAAGACAGACAGCCCUAGGACAGCAGUUUAUUAGGGACCCGUGGACAAAAGUGUGGCUUGGGUGACAGCAAGAUAAGAGGCUCCCUGUACCCUAUAGCAGAAGGAAAGAGUCUGUUUAUACACCGAGCUAGACAAAGGUGGGCCUGAACUAGCCAGGAUGUAGCAGGCCUCUCUCAAAGACUCAACAUGCCCAAGGUCAGUCAAGAAACCGUCCAGGCACCAGUGACCAAGGCAACAUGCUAAACUGAUUCUCUUAACAACUCUGUUGUCCUGUAGGGUUUGGGAUAUGCACUCAGGUUACCUGGUGGGCAGACUAAUGGUCCCAAUCCCGACAGCUGUAGUCAUGUAAGUGGGAGCCAGGUUACCUGCCUCAGUUUCCUCAGCAGUAAAAUGGAGAUAAAGCUUCCUAUCUCUCAAGGUAACUGGGAGGCAUAUCAGCUUUUCUACGAAAGCGUUUUUCUCUUUUGCUUGUUUUAGGGGACUGUGGUUGGCACAGAUGGGUUUAGGUGGCUCUGUCCACUGUGUCUUUUUCCUGGGCUGCAGCUGCAGGAGCCGCCCCUCCCUGUCCCACCCUAGCCUGGUGGCAAAGGGAAAGAGCACAGAGCUGGCAGAGACAGGGACCAAAGCUCCCCUAGGCUUGAGGCACCUCACAUCCACACACGCCAGUCACAUGGAAAGACUACCUGGGUGGUAUGGGCCUGCAGGUCCCUAGGGGGAACUGAGGGUCACCUGCAAGAGACAGGAAUGUGGGGCCAGAGAAUGUGGCAGGGGCAGGGCAGCCACACCUGAGAGUGCUUGAUGAGGCCCUGGAAGAGCUUCAGACGGAAGUGGGGGAAGGAGCUCAGUAAGCUUUCUGACAAGGUUAACUAUUGUGGUAGUUAAUAAAUAACUUGAGGGCAUAAACCCUGCCUGUUUAUUCUCUGACGUUUUCUUUUCCCGCUGACUCCCAAGUCUCUUCUGGCCCUUGCCUCUCUCCAUCCUCACCCCCACCCCUGCCUACCACUCACUCCCUUUUACUUCCUCCUGAUUUUUAUGUCUCUCCUUUUUAAAAUCUUCACCUGGCCUCCAAUCUGUACAUCUCUGGGACUGGCCCAGUUGUCUUCAGGCAUGAGAAAAAGGGGCAAUGUGGAAUAUAGAAAGGGUUAGUUUUAAUUCAUGGCUGUCUUACUAUGAUGUGUUUUUAGAAAAAUGUUUAUUAUUUUCAAGAACACAGAGAGGAAACAGUCCCAGCAGAUCAGUUUUGGUCUUGAAAAUUGGCGAAAUGGUCCCUAGCGUCUCUCUCUACCGCCCAUACCCCCAGCACCUCCAACCACCAGCACCAACAUCUUUAAUAAUUUAAUAAUAAAAACCCUAAAUGGCUUUCA